GUUUGGUGGUUGAGUAAUUGGGUGGGUGCUGGACGUGUGGGUUCGUGUAAGCAUUUGGACUGGCUUUCGUCAAUGGACCUUUCAGGCAACAUUCAGUUCCACACUUUUCAUCAAAAGUUUACAAUGAUGUCAAAUUUUCUCAUUUAGGUAGCACUUCUUCCGGAAAAACAACAUUGCUUAACCUUUUGCUUGGGGAACCACUGCUUCCCACAGGUCACAAUGCUACGACCUCCAUGCUUUGUGAAGUGAGAUACGGCGAAAGAAAACAGGCUAUUGCUCAUUACGGAGAAGGCGAUGACAAAAGAACUAAAAAAUUGCUUGACUUAACUACCGCAGAACACCAAGAAAAUCUUCGUAGAAUUGUUACCUCUACAAGAAUCAACAGAGAUCAACUGCAAGCAACAUCAGCUGAGAAAGAGGACAUUUCUGAGAGCGAUGAUAGCAAUGGUAGAUGCGUACGAUUAGAAAUCUUGUGCCCGCUGGAGUUUCUAAAAAACAUUACACUGAUUGAUAGUCCAGGAACGACAGAAGACGAUUCAGAAAAUAGCGAUGCUAGAGAGAUGACAGAGAAGGCCCAAAGAGAUGUCGCUUGUGGCUCUAUUUUCGUGUUGGACGGCAGUCGAUCUGCACAAGAAGCAGCGCAAGUGAGGCUAACUUAAUGUACAUAGAAAAUGUGUUU